GUCCUCCCCCCAUCCACGAAUAGCCUCCCCCCCAUCCGCAGUCCCGCCUCCGCCCUCUGAGGAAGGACCGCUUGCUCCCGCGCACCCACUUCCCAGGGAGGGGGCUGCCAGGUCCAGCACCCGAGGGGGCUCCGUGUCUUUAUUAGGCUGCGCGCCCUGGCCUGCUCGUUGGGGACCCGGGGUCCGCCGGACUGGCCGAGGCCUGCCUCCGAGGGAGAAGCGGGCAUCGGAUCGCCCUGCAAGACUCCUUACAACCCUCGGCAUUCUUGCCAGGUUGUACCUCUUCCCUACGGGGAAGAGUGAAGCCGCCUCACGCAGAGCAGCCAGCUUUGCGGGAUGCUUAAAAAGCACGAAAGAGCUCUCAGAGGUAGGAGGCUGGUCGCCUUAGAGAGGCAUGAGGAGGUGCCCCCCACCUUCCCUUCCCUAAUUCGGUGCACGUGUGUAUGGGAGGGAGAUGUGCUCUUUGCACUCUGCUCUGUGUGGCUAGCUCUGUGCCUUCAGUAAGUAGUAGCGUCCACUCUUCUUCUCGUCACCAAUUCCCUUAGUUAAGGAAUGGUCCAUUAGUGGUAGAGUACACAGUUGUCAUUCCGAAGGUCUCCGGUCCAACCCCCUGCAUCUCUAAAAGUUCCCCAGGCUGCCAAGACUAAAAGUUCUGUCCAUCAGAGGAGAGAAGUAUUUGCUGUGCUGGACUGUUUCUUUCCAUCCUUUUCCCCGAGUCCCCAUGUGACAUCCUGCUCCUGAGAAACUGCCAUUUCCAAUUCUGAGGUUAAGAGGCUUUCCACGGAGGACUUCCCUGAAGCUUGCACCCUGUUUUUCACCAGUUAGAUCGUGAUGCUAUCCUUUCUCCAUUUUCAGUGCCUUGCAUUCAUGGAAUUUCACAUUCAGAGGAAUCAGCAUAUUGGAAUAGGCAAACUGAAUAGCAUUUACCCUCAGUUUAAAUAUCAGAUGCAGCUGCAGGGAAGAGCAAUUGGAAAAAAUAACAGGUCACAAGGCCACUAGUUCCAACAGCGGCCCAGUCCUGGCGCUGGGUUUGUUGUUACCCGGCCCCACCCGGGCAGUCAUGAACGGGAGCGCAGUGCCCCUGUCGCCAACCGGGGGAGGGAUGGUGGGGGAACCUGCCUCUCUUCCCUCUCCGGGUUGGCGGGAAUUCUGCGAGGCGCACGCUCGCGCUGCCGCGGUGGACUUUGCCCGCCGCUUUCGGGCCUUCCUGGGUGAGAACCCCCAGUUUGCCACGCCAGGAGCUGAAGCUGCCUUCUCUCGCCGCUUUGCUGAGCACUUCCUGGAACACUUUGAGGCGGAGGUGAGCCGGGCCUAUGCCAGCGACUCGCCGCCCCGGUGCGACAUCGCCCCCUUCACCGGCUGCUCCUCUGCCCGUGACCUCUCCGAGACAUGCAGCGACUCCUCCGUGGCCUCCCCUGUGGAGCUUCCACCGGGGCCACCCUCUGGUCUCUCCAGCAGCCAGUCUCGUAGCUCCGAAGACGUUUCCACCGCAACAGCCGUGACGGCCACCAAACCAAAGCUGAAGAAGCGCUUCUCCCUGCGCAACGUGAGCCGCAGUGUACGGGGCAGCGUCCGGGGCAUCCUGCAGUGGAAGACCUCGACUGAGUCGCCCCCUGGCAGCGGGGAUGGGGCAACCACCGGAGCCAACAGCAAUUCCAACUCUUCAGGGGGUGGCGACUCCGAGCGCUGGACUCACCGCUUCGAACGGCUGCGGCUCAACAAAGCCUCCCCAGCCACCCUCCGCGUAGAACUGGCCAGCGUGCGGCGCGAGGGUCUGCUGAACUACAUUGUGGCCGACGACGGGGCAGGCGGGGGCAGCCGGACGCGCUGGCAGAAAUGCCGCCUUCUCCUGCGCAAAGCGGGGAAGGGGGAGGGGGAGGGUUACCUCUUGGAGUUCUACAUCCCACCAAAGGCAUCCAAGCCGCGGGUCAGCAUCGCCUGCUCUUGCGUAGUGGACGUGCGGACAACGACCCCCUUGGAAAUGCCAGACAAAGAGAACACCUUUGUGCUUAAGCUGUCAAGCUCCUUGGAGUACAUCCUUGAGACGGUUGACUCGCUGCAGAUGCGCUCCUGGUUGGCUGACAUUCAGGAAUGCAUGGGCCUCGGAGAGAGCACUGAUAGCCUGGAACAGCCGUGUAUGAACCACUCAGAGAGCAUGCCCAGCCGCGACCUUCCCAUGGUGCCGAGUGAGAGCAGCGAUCAGCUCAGCCAAGGUGCCUAUGGCGGCCUGAUGGAACGCCCCUCAGCCUCCAUGUCCCCCAGCUCCGUCUCCAUUGCUGCCUCCCACUUUGACUCAAUGGAGCUGCUGCCUCCCGAGCUGCCACCUCGAGUGCCGAUUGACGAAGGGCCGUUUCCCAUGGGGCUCCUCCACACGACCUUCCCUGAAACCCCUGACACCACAGGUUCCUUCCUUUUCCAAGGGGAGCCCGACCCAGGCGGGGGAAGCUUUGGCGAGACAGACCACCCUCUUUCCGAAUACCCUUGGUUCCACGGCACCCUGUCCCGCCUCAAAGCGGCCCAGCUGGUGUUGGCGGGGGGAGCCAGCAGCCAUGGCGUUUUCUUAGUGCGGCAGAGCGAGACGCGGCGUGGUGAAUACGUCCUGACCUUUAACUUUCAGGGGAAGGCGAAGCACCUGCGCCUCUCCCUUAACGAAGACGGGCAAUGCCGGGUUCAGCACCUCUGGUUCCAGACCAUCUUUGACAUGCUGGAGCACUUCCGGGUCCACCCCAUCCCCCUCGAGUCGGGCGGCUCCAGUGACGUGACGCUCGUCAGCUACGUGGUUGCUUCGCAGAGGCUGCACGGCCGGGACCGGGCUGGGAGCCGAGCGCCGGUGUCUGGGUUCAGUGGGUGCAGUGGGGACUCGCCCCCCAACCUCAUCUCCAUCCUUGCUGCCGCCUCUGCGGGUGACUGCGUAACCGAACACCUCUCGUAACCUGCCACCGCCUCCGCUCCCCCCAGCUCGGCCACCUCUUGCUCCCCCUGACCGCGGAUUGCCAGAGUCUGAGGGGCAGGCAGAGGAGGAGAGCCGGAUGGUGGAGCCAGAGGUGGACGAGGCAGCAGCCACAAGAGGAGGAGGAGGAGGA